AUGGGAUUUUCAGAACUACGAUUUGAAAUCCUUGCGAAAAUUGCUGAUAAUCUGUCGAGGCGGGCUAAUCUUUCUUGUGCCCUUACGUGUAAAGGAUGGAGAUAUGCGUUUAAAAAGGCUCUAUGCAGAGAUAAGCGUUUUGUAUCUUACGACGACGCCCUAACGCUUACCAACAUUAUAAAAGAUUUCGAAAAUGUACCCACAUUACACGGCAUUUGGGUUCCCAAUCUGCACAUACCCCAUUAUUUCUCUGUGACAGAAUUAUUAGAUAUAGAAUUUUCCGAUUUAUUAAGAUACCUGCCAAACUUGAAGUGCCUGGAUUAUCCAAGACGUUUGAGAAUUCAUCACAAAGAAACUAGUGAGCUACAACCAGCGAAAAUCCCACUCGGCACUGAGAAAAAAAUAUCAGACAACGUAUGGAAGUCUCUAGAAAGUUUAAGAAUUCAUUGCAAAGGAACUAGUGAGCUACAGCUAGCAAAAGAUCUAGUCGAAUUUGUAAAUGCGUAUAGCAUGCUCCAGAGAUUAGACAUUUUUGAUGACGCCGGCUCUCGUGGAACGGUGCGUACUGUUAGCUACUUUGAAAGCAUUCACCAACAUUUGAAAAGACAAUCGUCUAUCAAGCUUGUAAUAUAUCUCAGUUCUGACUUUUCGACAACACUGGACCCAAUUCCAAAUACGACACAGGCUUUUGCCGUGACAUCUCUAUAUAUUAAUACGAGUCGGUACGAAGAUAAAAGAAAUAGCUGGAAUCCUUUGUGUCCGCACUAUCUUGGUUUCAAAUAUCCAAAAUUGUGUUCCCUAAAACUAAAAGUCAAGAGGUUAUUGGAAUUGUUUUGCGCAUUAAAAGUUCCUCUCAAGAAUUUGACAUUAGAAGCAACACAAACGGGUGAGAGUAAACAAUAUUCGACUUUCGAACUAUUCUAUUACUAUCCACUCCUAAAGAUCCUUUGCAUUAGUGGCAGCAAUGUAUCUCUUGAUAUAGCUGAUUUAUUGGACAAGUGUGUAGCUCUCAAACAGCUGAAAUUUUGCGGUGGAAAAUUGCUAAUUAAUUCAGACAUGAUAAUUGAUGGACCAAAACAGCAGUAUGGAUUAUUGACUCUGACGUUACAUGAAUGCUCUGUAGCCACUAAAGUAUUUUCUCACCUCUCUUUCAGGUGUAAAAAUUCGAAGCAUAUGGAUUUGAGAGCUUUGUGGAUCGAAGAAUCUGUUUGUGAAAAAACCGGAUGUUUGUUAAUCGACAUGUCACAUACUUUCUUAAAGACUUUGAAAAUUGGUCAGGUUCAAUUCCACGGAUCAGACCGAGUACAUAGUUAUGACGAUUGGGCCAGUCUGGUACUCGUAUCUGAAUUACAUGACAGUCCGCUGUCAAAUGAAAGGGACACAAUAAAAAGAACAGAAAUAGAUUCAAACUACCCGAGAACAGAAUGUAACAAUAUCACAUGGCUCUACACAUAUAAUGAUAUGGAAUAUACUGGGGAAGAGACCCUAAGCACUACAGAAAUUUCAAAGGAUGAAGCCAAUAUUGCAAUCGAAUACUAUCAAAACUUUCAGUCCAACCAAAUCAAUGCGAUUUCAAUUGAUGACAGCUCGUAUAAUGGAGACGACCCAACUGUCGCCUGGAAGUAUGAACUUUACAAAGGUUACGCCGAGUUGAGAUUUGGCAAAAUUCAAUGCCGUCCUUGUAUAUGUGAAUCAGAUUUUGUCGAGCGCCUCCCUUCAAUUAGUUACCCUACUCUUUGCCUCUCUCAAUCCUUUGGUGGCCUUGAGAUUCUGAGUCCACGCAAAAUCCAAGCCUUUCUACAGUUUUGCUGGCUCAUUCCAUCCCUCCGGCAAAUACGUCUACGCUUUCACUCUCCAUUCUAUGGAUCCGUUCCUACCUUGUGUCCUUGGUCUGUUCUCCCUCCUGUCUACCAUAUGAUCCACUCUAUAUCUUCUUUUCCCCACUUUUCCAGUCAUCCCUGUGUCUUCUUCGCCGCCGCUCUUUCGCUUUGUUCUUCAAUACUUUCGAUUAUAUAUCCCAAUCUCGGCAUGCCAGUGAAUUGUCGGUGGCAUCCUGUCUGGCGCUUCUUCUCAAUUACAUAUGGUACCCAGUCUCAUCUUCUUAUGUCAUUCCUCAAGGUUUUGGACACUGCAUUUCCCGGUGAUCCGUUUAAGGCCUCUCUCUUUGCUUCGUCUUUCAUCCAAUUUUUUUCUUCGCAAUCUUUCCAUAUUCACCGCGUAAACACCAUUCCUAAGCGUCGUCCUAGAUCUCACACACCUAUCCUUCUUGCUGAACCGUAUUAUGCCCACCAUCGUUGUAAUCCCAGAAUGACACCUAUCCCUGCACCUCCUCUAGACCCCCAAACACCCAAACACCUUAUGAUACCUACUCUAACAUUGAAGCGACUUGAGGAAAGUAAUGGGGAAGCAGGCGAGACGAAGGUCAUGCUACAGAGUAGCGGGAAUGAAAAUGUUAACAAUCGUUGCUCGACCACAAAUCGAGGGAAAGUAUUGUGGGUUAAUGUUGAGAAAGAUGCAGGCGGUGGUAAGAAACCGGUUGGCGGCGUGGUUGCGUUAGGCAGGGGAUUGAAGUAG